CUUUCUACUCACGCUAGUCAGUGAAGUUUUGCAGUUCGCGGGUUCUGAAGGAUCACGGGAGCGCGCCAGCUGCGUCACAAUCACGUGAUUCAAGAUGGCGGCGCUUGCGUCCUUGAUGCUGCAAUCCCGAGUCUGUAUUCUGUUCAGUCAAACGCCAACAGUUGUACUGACGAGAUUUGCUUCAAAGAAAUCAGGAGGAAGCAGCAAAAACCUAGGAGGGAAGAGUGCUGGCCGCAGAUAUGGUUACAAGAAACAAGAUGGGAACUUUGUACAUGCGGGCAACAUUCUUGCUACACAACGCAAGGGUCUAAUGCGCUGGCAGCCUGGAGCUCAUGUCGGUAUUGGAACCAACAAAACACUUUAUGCCCUAGAGGAUGGUAUUGUCAGAUUCACCAAGGAGGUGUAUGUUCCUCUGCCACGAAGUGCUGAAGCCAGGGAUGUGAUCCCAAAACUUCCCAAGGGUGCUGUUCUGUACAAGACCUUUAUCAGUGUCGUUCCUAUAAAACAGGAGAAUAAAUUUAAACUAGUGGACAUGGUAUGAAAAAGACUUUCUUCAACUUCAGUUUGAUCUGGAUCCUUUGGACUGGUAACACCCUGGAAUAUUUUGAUGGUCUCCUUUCAAAUGUGUCUAAAAAUUCAGCAGUAAUUAUUUCAUUUCUUUUUAUUUGUACAGUCAUGUUAUAGUCUAAUAAACAUGUUUACCUAA